AUGUCUCCUGAGCAGCGUGGUGGCUGCCUCUGCGCCCUGGGGUUCCUCUGGCUGCUUGCAGUGGCAGAAGCAAAGACCAGAACAUACUACCUGGGAAUUGUGGAAGAGAACUGGGACUAUGCACCAUCUGGGAAAAAUCUGAUCACUGGACAAAGCCUCUUAGAGGACAAGUUUGCGAGUGUGUAUGCGACAAGAGGAGCCAACCGGAUAGGACGUGUGUACAAAAAGGCUAUUUUUAGGCAAUUCACAGAUGACACUUACUCCCAGGAGAUCCCCAAAGCAGCAUGGCUGGGAUUCCUCGGGCCAGUACUGAAGGCAGAACAAGAGGAUGUCUUUAUCAUCCAUCUAAAAAACUUUGCUUCCCGCCCAUACUCUGUGCAUCCACACGGGGUCUUCUAUGACAAGGACUCUGAAGGAGCACUUUACCCUGAUGGAACCGGCGGUAAAAGCAAGGAGGAUGACUUUGUUGUUCCUGGCGGGAAUUACACAUACACAUGGCCAGUAAGGAAAGAUUAUUCCCCAACUUUGGCAGACUCAAACUGCUUGACUUGGAUUUACCAUUCUCACAUUGACACACCAAGAGAUAUUGCAUCUGGUUUAAUUGGGCCUCUGCUGGUGUGUAAAAAAGGAACUGCAGAUGACACCACAAUAGAAGGGACUGGUGCUGCUAAUGCUUUUGCCCUGAUGUUUAGCAUUGUAGAUGAAAACUUCAGCUGGUACCUUGAUGAGAAUAUAAAUACCUUCUGCCUGGAACCAGACACAGUGGACAAAGAGGAUGAAGGUUUCCAGACCAGCAACCGAAUGCAUGCCAUUAACGGUUAUAUUUAUGGCAAUCUCCCCGGCUUGGAGAUGUGUGCUGACACUUCCAUGUCCUGGCAUCUGUUUGGCAUGGGAAGCGAGAUAGAUAUCCAUGCUGCUUAUUUCUACGGCCACACGUUCACUAGUAGAGACCAGAGAGCAGAUGUCGUCGGCCUGUUCCCAGCAACGUUCAUCACAGCGGAGAUGACUCCCGGCAGCCCUGGGAGGUGGCUGAUAACGUGCCAGGUUAAUGAGCACUUACGAGGUGGCAUGGAGGCACUAUACGAUGUUCAGAUCUGCCAAAAAAACCUGUCUCACCCUUCACCAAUCAGUCACAUGAGAAAAUACUAUAUUGCUGCUGAAGAAGUGCUCUGGAAUUACGGACCUGACGGUUAUGAUAAAUUCACUGGGCAGGGUUUGAAUGCCACUGGCAGUGAAUCUGCAACAUAUUUCACACAAGGGACUGACAGAAUAGGAGGGCAAUACUGGAAAGUUCGCUAUGUGGAAUACACUGAUGCAACAUUCAGUAAGAAGGCUUGGUCGGAGGACAUGAAGCAUCUGGGAAUACUUGGUCCCGUUAUAAAAGCUGAAGUGGGAGAUACGGUGCUAGUUACUUUUGCCAACAAAGCCAGAAGAAGCUACAGCAUUAUGGCCCAUGGUGUAAGCUUCAGCAAGCUGUCGGAAGGUGCUCCUUACCUAGACGGCUAUCUGAAGCCAGGAGCCCAUGUUAAGCCAGGGGAAACCUUCACUUACAAGUGGAGGGUGCCUGAAAAUGGAGGUCCAGCAGAGAGUGACCCACCAUGCCUGACCUAUCUGUACUACUCAGCCACUGAUGCUGUCAAGGACACCAACUCUGGCCUUGUGGGGCCUUUGCUGGUGUGUCGGAAGAACACACUGAAUCAUGAUGGGACACAGAAAGGAAUCGAUAGAGAAUUUUACCUCCUCUUUUCAAUCUUUGAUGAGAAUGACAGCUGGUAUCUGAACAAGAAUAUUGAAGCAUUUACUGGAGACCCUUCAAAAGUAGACGAGAAUGAUGCUGAUUUCAAGGAAUCCAACAAAAUGCAUGCUGUCAACGGCUACUUGUAUGGUAAUCUGCCAGGCCUGACCAUGUGCAAGAACGACAAGGUGUCCUGGCACCUCAUCGGGCUGGGCAGUCACUAUGACAUGCAUGGCGUUCAUUUUCAAGGAAACACCAUCAACCUCAGAGGGACAACAAGGGAUGGGCUGGCCUUGUUUCCUCAUUUAUCGGGGACAGCACUGAUGCAGCCAGAUCGUGUGGGCACAUUCAAAGUGGUUUGCAGGACUUUUGAUCACUUUGUUGGUGGGAUGAAACAUCUCUACGAGGUCAGCAGCUGCCGCAAUACCACCCAAGCCCAGCAGCAGUACGGAACCAUGAGGCUCUACUACAUUGCCGCAGAGGAGGUUGAGUGGGACUAUGCCUCAAAUAAGAGCUCAGCACCCAGGAUUUACAAUGUCAGCAGCAAUGAGGAAAGCUAUGGGCAUAUUUUUCUGAGCCAAGCGGAAGAUCUGAUUGGUUCAAAAUACAAGAAGGUGGUUUACAGGGAGUACACAAAUGGCAACUUCACACAUCGAAAAAUGAGGACAGAAGAGGAGGAACACUUGGAAAUCCUGGGGCCGUUACUCCAUGCUGAGGUCGGUGACUCUGUACUGAUUGUAUUUAAGAACAAAGCCAGCAGGCCUUAUUCGAUAAGUGCACAUGGCAUAGAAGAAGUGGGUUGUGAAGAACAGCCUGAGACACCAAUUACCCUCCCUGAGUGGAAAGUUCCGUCAGAAGGAGGAGUCACAAGUGGAGCAUACAAUACAACUACUGCAACAAAUAGAACCACUGAAAAGGACGAUGACAGCAAGGGGGGCAAUUAUUUUGGCAAAACUCUGAGUCCUGGAGAAACCAGCCUGAUACUCGCAGCUUUUUUUUUCAUUGGACUUGUUCUGCUGUCAACAGCAUUAAUCUUCUUCUGCCUCGUCACCCACCAAGGAAACAGGAUCCAUUACACGGCUCUGCAUGACAAAAGUGCACUUCUGGCAGAUUCCUUGUAAAUCCCCGUUUUUAAUAUCAUUCACAGGGCCUCACUGGAUUUCACAACAUAGAAUCAUAAAAUCAUUAGGGUGGGAAAAUACCUCUAAGAUCACU